AUGCUUAGAACAUUAUUCUUCUUCAUCUGGGCAGCGUUUGUUGUCGCAAGAUCUCCAACCGGUGGGUAUGCACCAGGCACAGUAGCUUGUCCCAAAGGUGUCAAAUCUUUCAUCCGAGAAGGUAACACUAUUUCUAAUGAAGAAAAAGACUGGAUUAAGGAGCGACAUAAGAUAACCGACCAGGCAUUGGCCGAGUUUUUGAAGUCGGUGAACAUGACAGACUUCGACGUUGAUGAGUUUAUGACAAAAAAUUCUUCGCUGCUGGUGAACAUCGCAGUGUCGGUAUCUGGAGGUGGUUACCGAUCCAUGUUAACCGGAGCAGGACAAGUUGCUGCUCUUGAUAAUAGAACACAGGAUGCUCUGGAAGUAGGUUUGGGUGGAAUACUUCAGAGUUCGACCUAUUUUGCCGGACUUUCAGGUGGAGCAUGGUUGGUGGGUUCGUUGACGAUGCAAGAUUUUGCCAGUGUUGACCAAAUUGUAUUUGAAGAUCCAGAUGAUUUGUGGAAUCUUACCGAGACUCGCCAAUUGCCCAACACCACGUCCCUCUGGAAAGUUAUAUAUCCUGCUAUUCGCUUGGAUGCCAUUGGAGUAUUGUCACACAUUAACAAUUGGAACAACGGCAUUCAGCUGGACCUUGAGAAAAAAGAAGCAGCUGGGUACGAAACCACUAUCACUGAUGCUUGGGGUAGAGCAUUAGCUUUCCAGCUUUUUCCCAAAGGCAAAGACAACCAUGGAGCAGCCACUACCUGGUCUGAUAUUCGCGAUCUCAAUGCCUUCAAGAACCAUGAAAUGCCGUUCCCCAUUCUAGUUUCAUUAGCACGCCAGCCAGAUUCGAUCUUUUACAGUUUGAAUUCGACGGUCGUGGAAGCUAAUCCGUUCGAAAUGGGCUCCUUUGAUACGGAUCUCAACACGUUUGUGGAUAUCAAGUACCUUGGCACCAACCUUGUUGAUGGUAAGAGUAACGGAAGUUGUGUUGCUGGUUAUGACAACGCUGGCUUUAUGAUUGGAACCUCUUCUUCUCUUUUCAACCAGUUCCUUUAUACUCUUGUUUGCGAGGAAUGUAAGCUAGUUGGAAAGCCAUUUGAUUAUGUCUUGAAACCCAUUUUGAAGAGAUUUCUCUUGAAGAUAUCUUCUGACAAAGACGAUGUUGCCGUUGUGAAACCCAAUCCUUUUUACCACUCCAGAUACGGUACGGAUAACAAUAUUACCACAGACGAGUCACUCGUACUCUUCGACGGUGGACUUGGAGGAGAGACAAUUCCUCUUUCUAACCUUAUGACAAAGGAACGGAAACUCGAUGCGGUUUUUGCUUUCGACAAUGCUAACUGGCCCAAUGGAUCCUCCUUGGUUGAUGCGUACCUGAGACAAUUCGUAGACAAGGGCGAGUCGUCUCUUUGUCCAUACGUACCCGAUGCCAUAUCUUUCAUGCAACAAAAUUUGACUGCAAAGCCAACUUUUUUCGGUUGUGAUGCCAAGAACCUUACUGACUUGGCAAAGGACGGUGUUGUUCCACCAUUAGUCAUCUACCUCGCAAACCGUCCCUACGAGUUUUUGUCAAAUACCUCAACUUUUCAAAACUCUUAUACUGACCAAGAAAAGAAAGCAAUGAUUCAAAACGGAUUCGACAUCACUUCUCGUCUCAACGGAACCAUUGACGAGGAGUACAGAGCGUGUAUUGGCUGUGCCGUGAUCAGAAGAGAACAAGAACGUUUGGGACAACAGCAGACCGACCAAUGCAAAAAGUGCUUCAAACGCUACUGUUGGGAUGGUACCAUUAGUCGAAUGAAUACCACCAAUUACUCUCCUCCAGUCAAUUUCACUAAUAGUGGGCUCACGAACAGAUCCAUGGAUGUACCCACACUUAAAAUCAACGAGUCACCAAAAAGCUCGUUUUCAAUAUUUAGUCUUUUCAAGAUUUAA